GGAGCGAAAGAGGAGCCGGAAGUGGGGCGCGCGAGGUCUAAGGGCGCGAGGGAAGUGGCGGGCGGGGACUAAGGCGGGGCGUGCAGGUAGCGGGCCGGCCGGGGGUCGCGGGCAUGGCCGAGGCCAGGAAGCGGCGGGAGCUACUUCCCCUGAUCUACCACCAUCUGCUGCGGGCUGGCUAUGUGCGUGCGGCGCGGGAAGUGAAGGAGCAGAGCGGCCAGAAGUGUUUCCUGGCUCAGCCCGUAACCCUUCUGGACAUCUAUACACACUGGCAACAAACCUCAGAGCUUGGUCGGAAGCGGAAGGCAGAGGAAGAUGCGGCACUGCAAGCUAAGAAGACCCGUGUGUCAGACCCCAUCAGCACCUCGGAGAGCUCGGAAGAGGAGGAGGAAGCAGAAGCCGAAACCGCCAAAGCCACCCCAAGACUAGCAUCUACCAACUCCUCAGUCCUGGGGGCAGACUUGCCAUCAAGCAUGAAAGAAAAAGCCAAGGCAGGGACAGAGAAAGCCGGCAAGACUGGGAACUCCAUGCCACACCCUGCCACUGGAAAGACGGUGGCCAACCUUCUUUCUGGGAAGUCUCCCAGGAAGUCAGCAGAGCCCUCAGCAAAUACUACGUUGGUCUCAGAAACUGAGGAGGAGGGCAGUGUCCCGGCCUUUGGAGCUGCUGCCAAGCCUGGGAUGGUGUCAGCGGGCCAGGCCGACAGCUCCAGCGAGGACACCUCCAGCUCCAGCGAUGAGACAGACGUGGAGGGGAAACCCUCAGUAAAACCAGCCCAGGUCAAAGCCUCAUCAGUUUCUACUAAGGAGUCUCCAGCAAGAAAGGCGGCCCCAGCCCCUGGGAAGAUGGGGGAUGUGACACCCCAGGUCAAAGGAGGGGCCCUGCCCCCAGCCAAGAGGGCCAAGAAGCCAGAAGAGGAGUCAGAGAGUAGUGAGGAGGGAUCUGAAAGUGAGGAGGAGGCCCCUGCAGGGACACCAAGCCAGGUAAAGGCCUCUGAAAAAAUUCUCCAGGUCAGAGCUGCCUCGGCCCCUGCCAAGGGGACCCCUGGGAAAGGGGCUACCCCAGCACCCCCUGGGAAGGCAGGGAAGCCAGAGGAGGACUCAGAGAGCAGCAGCGAGGAGUCAUCUGACAGUGAGGAGGAGACGCCAGCUGCCAAGGCCCUGCUUCAGGCGAAGGCUUCAGGAAAAACCUCUCAGGUCGGAGCUGCCUCCGCCCCUGCCAAGGAGUCCCCCAGGAAAGGAGCUGCCCCAGCACCCCCUGGGAAGACAGGGCCUGCAGUUGCCAAGGCCCAGGCAGGGAAGCGGGAGGAGGACUCGCAGAGCAGCAGUGAGGAAUCGGACAGUGAGGAGGCGCCGCCUGCUCAGGUGAGGCAAAGGGGAGGGGUGGAGAGUAGCCACAUGCCUAAACCCCAGCACCUGCAUGGGUGUGGCCACCUUUGCCACAUCCAGCUCCUGUCUCCACACGUCCACCCUCCGGGCUCUCUCCCCUCAUCCUGUUUCUCACUCCAGGCGAAGCCUUCAGGGAAGGCCCCCCAGGUCAGAGCUGCCUCGGCCCCUGCCAAGGAGUCCCCCAGGAAAGGGGCUGCCCCAGCACCUCCUAGGAAAACAGGGCCUGCAGCCGCCCAGGCCCAGGCGGGGAAGCAGGAGGAGGACUCAGGAAGCAGCAGCGAGGAGUCAGACAGUGACAGAGAGGCACCGGCAGCCAUGAAUGCAACUCAGGUGAAGCCCUUGGGGAAAAGCCCCCAGGUGAAACCUGCCUCCACCACGGGCAUGGGGCCCUUGGGGAAAGGCGCCGGCCCAGUGCCACCUGGGAAGGUGGGGCCUACAACCCCCUCGGCCCAGGUGGGGAAGUGGGAGGAGGACUCAGAGAGCAGCAGUGAGGAGUCAUCAGACAGCAGUGAUGGAGAGGUGCCCACAGCUGUGGCCCCGGCUCAGGAAAAGUCCUUGGGGAAAAUCCUCCAGGCCAAACCUGCCUCCAGUUCUGCCAAGGGGCCCCCUCAGAAGGCAGGGCCUGUAGCCAUCCAGGUCAAGGCUGAAAAGCCCAUGGAAGACUCGGAGAGCAGCGAGGAGUCGUCGGACAGCGCGGAUGGUGAGGAGGCACCAGCAGCCAUGACUGCACCUCAGGCAAAACCAGCUCUGAAAAUUCCUCAGACCAAGGCCUGCCCAAAGAAAACCAAUACCACUGCAUCUGCCAAGGUCGCCCCUGUGCGAGUGGGCACCCAAGCCCCCCGGAAAGCAGGAGCUGCGACUUCUCCAGCAGGCUCGUGCCCAGCUGUGGCUGGGGGCACCCAGAGACCAGCAGAGGAUUCUUCAAGCAGUGAGGAAUCAGAUAGUGAGGAAGAGAAGACAGGUCUUGCAGUAACCGUGGGACAGGCGAAGUCUGUGGGGAAAGGCCUCCAAGUGAAAGUGGCCUCAGUGCCUGUCAAGGGGUCCUUGGGGCAAGGGACUGCUCCAGUACUCCCUGGGAAGACGGGGCCUGCAGUCACCCAGGUGAAAGCUGAGAUGCAGGAAGACUCUGAGAGCAGUGAGGAGGAAUCAGACAGUGAGGAGGCAACUGCAUCUCCAGCACAGGUGAAAACCUCAGUAAAGAAAACCCAGGCCAAAGCCAACCCAGCUGCCGCCAGAGCAUCUUCAGCAAAAGGGACAAUUUCAGCCCCUGGAAAAGUUGUCACUGCAGCUGUUCAAGCCAAACAGAGAUCUCCAUCCAAGGUGAAGCCACCAGUGAGAAACCCCCAGAACAGUACCGUCUUGGCGAGGGGCCCAGCAUCUGUGCCACCUGUGGGGAAGGCCGUGGCUGCAGCAGCUCAGGCCCAGACAAGGCCAGAGGAGGACUCAGGGAGCAGUGAGGAGGAGUCAGACAGUGAGGAGGAGGCAGAGACGCCGGCUCAGGCGAAGCCUUCACGGAAGACCCCCCAGAUCAGAGCUGCCUUGGCUCCUGCCAAGGAGUCCCCCAGGAAAGGGGCUGCCCCAACACCUCCUGGGAAGACAGGGCCUUCGGCUGCCCAGGCAGGGAAGCAGGAUGACUCAGGAAGCAGCAGCGAGGAGUCAGACAGUGACGGGGAGGCACCAGCAGCUGUAACCUCUGCCCAGGUCUUGUCCCCUCAGAAGGACAGUAACUCCAAACCUUCCAGAAGCAAGAUCCUGGCCCCAGCACCUCCAGAGAGGAACAUGGAGGGGUCCUCGGAGAGCAGUGGGGAAGAGCUGCCACUGACCCAGGUGAUUAAACCCCCUCUGAUUUUUGUCGACCCUAAUCGUAGUCCAGCUGGCCCAGCUGCUACACCCGCACAAGCCCAGGCUGCGAGCACCCCGAGGAAGGCCCGAGCCUCGGAGAGCACAGCCAGGAGCUCCUCCUCCGAGAGCGAGGAUGAGAAUGUGAUCCCCGCUACACAGUGCUUGACUCCUGGCAUCAGAACCAAUGUGGUGACCAUGCCCACUGCCCACCCAAGAAUAGCCCCCAAAGCCAGCAUGGCUGGGGCCAGCAGCAGCAAGGAGUCCAGUCAGAUAUCAGAUGGCAAGAAACAGGAGGGACCAGCAACUCAGGUGUCAAAGAAGAACCCAGCUUCCCUCCCACUGACCCAGGCUGCCCUGAAGGUCCUCGCCCAGAAAGCCAGUGAGGCUCAGCCUCCUGUUGCCAGCACCCAGCCUUCAAGUGGGGUUGACAGUGCUGUGGGAACACUCCCUGCAACAAGUCCCCAGAGCACCUCUGUCCAGGCCAAAGGGACCAACAAGCUCAGAAAACCUAAGCUUCCUGAGGUCCAGCAGGCCACCAAAGCCCCUGGGAGCUCAGAUGACAGUGAGGACAGCAGCGACAGCUCUUCAGGGAGUGAGGAAGAUGCUGAAGGGCCCCAGGGGGCCAAGUCGGCCCACACGCUGGUAGGUCCCACCCCCUCCAGGACAGAGACCCUGGUGGAGGAGACCGCAGCAGAGUCCAGCGAGGAUGAUGUGGUGGCGCCAUCCCAGUCUCUCCUCUCAGGUUAUAUGACCCCUGGAAUAACCCCAGCCAAUUCCCAGGCCUCAAAAGCCACUCCCAAGCUAGACUCCAGCCCCUCAGUUUCCUCUACUCUGGCCGCCAAAGAUGACCCAGAUGGCAAGCAGGAGGCAAAGCCCCAACAGGCAGCAGGCAUGUUGUCCCCUAAAACAGGUGGAAAAGAGGCUGCUUCAGGCACCACACCUCAGAAGUCCCGGAAGCCCAAGAAAGGGGCUGGGAACCCCCAAGCCUCAACCCUGGCACUGCAAAGCAACAUCGCCCAGUGCCUCCUGGGCCAACCCUGGCCCCUGAAUGAGGCCCAGGUGCAGGCCUCAGUGGUGAAGGUCCUGACUGAGCUGCUGGAACAGGAAAGAAAGAAGGUGGUGGACACCACCAAGGAGAGCAGCAGGAAGGGCUGGGAGAGCCGCAAGCGGAAGCUAUCGGGAGACCACCCGGCUGCCAGGACCCCCAGGAGCAAGAAGAAGAAGAAGCUGGGGGCCGGGGAAGGUGGGGAGGUCUCUGUUUCCCCAGAAAAGACCUCCACGACUUCCAAGGGAAAAGCAAAGAGAGACAAAGCGAGUGGUGAUGUCAAAGAGAAGAAAGGGAAGGGGUCUCUUGGCUCCCAAGGGGCCAAGGAUGAGCCAGAAGAGGAGCUUCAGAAGGGGAUGGGGAAGGUUGAAGGUGGAGAUCAAAGCAACCCAAAGGGCAAGAAGGAGAAGAAGAAAUCCGACAAGAGAAAAAAAGACAAAGAAAAAAAAGAAAAGAAGAAGAAAGCAAAAAAGGCCUCAACCAAAGAUUCUGAGUCACCGUCCCAGAAGAAAAAGAAGAAAAAGAAGAAGACAGCAGAGCAGACUGUAUGACGAGCACCAGCACCAGGCACAGGGAUUUCCUAGCCGAGCAGUGGCCAUCCCCAUGCCUCUGACCUCCGCCGACCUCUGCCCACCAUGGGUUGGAACUAAACUGUUACCUUCCCUCGCUCCACAGAAGAAGACAGCCAGCUGCAGGGGUCCCUGUGCUGGCCAAGCCAGUGAGCCUGCGGGGAGGCUGGUCCAAGGAGAAAGCGGACCAGCUCCCAUGACCUCACCCCACUCCCCCAACACGGGACGCUUCAUAUAGAUGUGUACAGUAUAUGUAUUUUUUUAAGUGACCUCCUCUCCUUCCACAGACCCCACAUGCCCAAAGGCCUCGGGACUUCCCGCCACCUUGCUCCACAUAUCCAGCUAGGCCUGACCUGUGCCUCAUCCCAUGCCGCUCGGUCUCUGGCUGAUCCCGAGGCUUUGUCUUCCUCUCGUCAGUUCUUUUGGUUGUGUUUUUUGGUUUUUUUUAAUAACUCAAAAAAAAAAAUAAAAGACUUGGAGGAAGGA